GAGGUUGCUUGGAGCUGCCGAGCUCUGGCUUGUGAAGGGUGGACAGGGGGAUAACAAGCUUCCCUUUUACCUUUCCUGAAGAUUUGGGGUCGCACAUAGACCAUGAAUGGAUCCUUUUUCAACCAGACCCUCCUGGAGCAGGCAGCUGACCCCAACAGGACUCAGGGCUUGGGGAUGCUCCUGGCCUGCUGUAAUGGGACCAGCACGGUGCUGGCGACUGAUGGCAGCUCCUUGGUCCUGGCACCCGAUGAGAGGAGCCUUUUCAUCACAAGGGUGGUGCAGAUUGCUGUCCUCUGUGUCCUCUCCUUGACUGUGAUGUUUGGCAUCUUCUUUUUGGGCUGCAACCUGCUCAUCAAGUCGGAGAGCAUGAUUAACUUUCUGGUGAAAGAUCGAAGACCUUCCAAGGACGUGGGCGCUGCAAUCAUGGGACUUUACUGA